AUGUCUGGGCAACCGUCGGCUGGCGGCUCUCUUGCAGACCGCAUCUCUAAACCUGAACUCUCAGCGCAAGCUGAUUCCUUCCAACCCAAGUCUGGGACCUCAUGGGCGGACGAGGUUGCAUCUCCCGCGACUGAACAGCCUCCUUCUACCGCAAAUAUGGGUGAAACAGUGGCCUCCGAAUCGGCUGUAGCAGGAUCGCAAGUCGACGGUGCCACGGAACCUUUUGGUGGAUCACAAUUACAAGAGCCUGCAUACGAGGUUAAUGUCAAGUUGGCAGACCUUCAGGCUGACCCAAACAAUCCUCUCUAUUCCGCGACUUCGUUCGAGCAACUUGGCUUGUCGGAGGAGAUCCUCAAAGGAGUCACGAGCAUGAACUUCCGGAAACCCUCAAAGGUCCAAGAGCGCACGUUGCCCCUGCUCCUCAUCAACCCACCGCAAAACCUCAUCGGUCAAUCCCAGUCUGGCACUGGAAAAACUGCAGCAUUUGUCCUCAACAUCCUGCACCGAAUCGACCUCAGCUCGGAACAGAUGCAGAAGACUCCUCAAGCACUCAUUUUGGCUCCCAGCAGAGAAUUGGCCCGUCAAAUUCAGGGUGUGGUUAAGGUCAUGGGAUCAUUUAUUCCAGGACUUAUUGUCGAAGCAGCUGUCCCUCAAGAUGCUGCUGCGCGAUCUCGAAAGAUUGAAGCUUCGGUCAUUGUCGGAACUCCCGGCACAACAAUGGACAUGAUCCGCAAGCGAUCCAUGGAUGUUAGACAAUUGAAAGUCCUCGUUUUGGACGAAGCUGACAACAUGCUUGACCAACAAGGUCUUGGUGACCAAUGUAUCCGUGUCAAAUCCAUGCUACCCAAGAACAUUCAGAUCAUUCUCUUCUCCGCGACUUUCCCUGACCAAGUCAUCAAGUAUGCACAGAACUUUGCUCCUGGCGCCAAUGAGAUGACUUUGCAACACCAAGACUUGACGGUCGAGGGCAUCAAGCAAAUCUAUCUCGACUGCGAUGGUGAUCAAGCCAAGUACGAUGUAUUAGUGAAGUUCUACGGCUUGUUGACCAUUGGAUCUUCAAUCAUCUUCGUCAAAACUCGAGAAACGGCACUCGCCAUCGAACAACGCAUGACUGCCGAAGGCCACAAGGUUGUAUCAUUGACCGGUGGCUACGAAGGUGCACAACGAGACGUCAUCAUCGACUCUUUCCGCACGGGACAUGCCAAAGUCCUGAUCACCACCAAUGUUCUUGCACGUGGAAUUGAUGUUCAGUCGGUGUCUAUGGUCAUCAACUACGAUGUUCCGGACAAAUUCAUCGGACGUGGUAAAUUCGCCGCGGACCCUCAGACGUACCUCCACCGCAUUGGACGAACUGGACGAUUUGGACGUGUUGGUGUCGCGGUGACUUUCAUCAGCAAUCGCGAGGACUGGGAGAAAUUGAUGGAGAUUCAGAAAUAUUUCAAUACUGAGAUGACGAAAGUUGCCACGGAUGACUGGGAUGAACUUGAAGAGACGGUAUCCAAGAUCAUCAAGAGUUCUCGAGCCGGAAGUAACUGGAAGGAUGGCGCUAAGGCAUGA